AUGAGCAUAAAAAAUGGAAGUGAUUUAAAAGCAAUGUCCAGUAGCUGGAAAACGUAUUUAUUCAUGUGCAGUAAAGAGAUAAACUUGAAAAACUGGUUUAUGAGUGUUUGGAAAUGGACAAGAGUCGUUGCUGUUAAUACUAGAAGUUUAAAAGGUGAAGGCUUUUUUUGUGGACAAAAUGUUAAUUAA